GGUGCUGGUACCAUGGCGCGCGGGCCGCUGUCGCGCUACCUGCUGCUGCUAGCGCAGGAGAACCUGGAGUUCCGGCUGCCGGAGAUAGAAGCCUUGCUCUCACUUUGUGGUGGACAAUUCAGCAGUGAACAAGAAAUUCGUAUAAAUUCUCCAUUUUGGAUUCUCAAUAUUCCUUCUGAAGACAUGGCAAGAGGACUAAUGAAAAGGACAGUAUGUGCAAAGUCUAUAUUUGAACUGUGGGGUCAGGGAAAAUCUGCAGAGGAGCUGCAUACAUCUCUUAAGAACUACCCACUGGAGAAGAUGGUUCCGUAUCUGCAAUCAGACUCAACAUACAAAAUAUGUAUUCAUGCAUUUAACAAAACUCUGACGCAAGAGGAGAAAAUUGAAAGGAUAGAUGCUCUGGGAUUUCUGCCAUUUGACGGGAAAGUGAAUUUAAAAAAGCCAGAACAUAUCUUCUGGAUACUGGAAGAUUAUGGAAUGGACCCUAACAACAUUCCACAAAAACCUCUUUAUUCAUAUUUUGGUAGAUGGAUUGCGGAUGGGCAAAGGGAGCUUAUUGAGUCAUACAGUGUAAAAAGGAGACAUUUUAUUGGGAACACAAGCAUGGAUGCCUGCUUGUCUUUUAUUAUGGCAAAUCAUGGGAGAGUAAAAGCAAAUGAUGUCGUGUUUGAUCCAUUUGUUGGAACAGGUGGCCUUCUUAUAUCCUCAGCACAUUUUGGAGCAUAUGUGUGUGGUACUGAUAUAGAUUAUAACACUGUCCAUGGAUUAGGCAAGGCUAGCAGAAAGAAUCAGAAGUGGAGAGGACCAGAUGAGAAUAUCAGAGCUAACCUUCGUCAGUAUGGUUUAGAGAAGUACUACCUUGAUGCACUAGUUUCUGAUGCAUCAAAACCUAUAUGGAGAAAAGGAAUGCUUUUUGAUAAAAUUAUUACAGAUCCUCCAUAUGGCAUACGAGAAGCUACUAGAAGAACUGGUUCACCAAAAGAAAUCGUUAAAGCAAUGGAAAGAGGCACAGAAAACCACAUCUCCACUUCCUCCAACUAUCAUCUGAGUGAUAUCUUUUUUGACCUAUUAAACUUUGCGGCAGAGUAUCUCGUGAUGGGAGGAAGAUUGGUGUACUGGCUACCAGUUUACAAACCUGAAUACACUGAAGAGAUUAUACCCCAGCAGCCUUGCCUGAAACUUAUUAGUAACUGUGAGCAGAUGCUUUCCAGUCACACGUCAAGGCGCUUGAUAACCAUGGAAAAGGUGAAAGAAUUUGAGGGCAAACUGGUUUCCUACAGGUGAGGGCAGGAUCUUUGAGGGUAAGUUAUUUUUUUCAGAGGUGAUGACUUCAUACAUUUCCUAUUGACUUUAGUGGGGAUUGAGAAUGCUUAUCUCUGAAAAAAUCUGGCCCUAAGUCACUUUUUUACCCACACCCCCAACCAGUCUGGAAGUAUAAUAUUAGGAAAGAGAUAUUUAAACAUGGGAGGAAAGCUAAGUCAGGUUAAUGGGAUAUUAUUCAUAGCGGAAACGUGUAGGAGCUGAGCAAGCACUUCUAGUAUUUUCUCAAUUAGAUGUAAAAAAACCCAGCCCAGUAUUGGAGGCAGCAGUAAAAGGUGGGAGCCGGUCCACAAUGGGGAGCCAGUUUAAAAACUGGCUUCCUGCACAGACUGGUUCCCACAUGCCACUCCAUGCUGUUGCCACUGAUACUGCGCAGCAGCGUGGGGUGGCAGCAGCUCCUGUCCAUGGGGGAUAUAGAGGCAGCAAGGAAGGGGGAGGGGGAGUGUGUGUCGUCGACAAGAUUAAUCCAUAUACCUGGACUUACUGGCUAAUCAUGUAACUAUGUACAUGUAGACACAUUGACAUCCCUAGUGGAGAUGGCGCUGAGCUUGGCUUAAGGUGCAUCGACUCCGGCUACGUGAUUUACAUAGCUGGAAUUGUGUACCUUAAGCCAACCUUCCAGGUGUAGACUAGACCUGGCCUUAGUAAUAAAAACAAUUCCAGUUGUUUAUCUCAUUAAGUUCAACAGAAAUUCCUUUUACAGAUAAAAAACACAAGUAGUCCAGGAGCACUAGACUUUUUUUUUUUUUUAAAUUACAGACUGACAUGGUUACUUCUCUGAGAAUUUUACUGAUAAUAGAUUUUAUUUUUUGUAAAUGUGCAAUAAUGUACACACACAGAGCAGAUCGGACAAAGACUUUACAAAAAUAUACUCCAGUAUGACGCCCAAUGGGUAGUACAUUUUAAAAGGGAACAUUUUGAGCCUUAAUUGGACCAAUAUGCCUGAUAAUUACUUCGCUCCCUUCCCCCAAAUAAAUAGGCAUGGCUCUGUUGAAGGUAGGUCAAUAAUAGCCAGUUAAUAAGUUAUGAAUCUGUAUGAAACAAAAACCGAGCAGGUGGCAGAACAAGAAGGAAAGCAAGUGACAGAAGAAGUAGUAAAAUUUGAUGGAUAUGAGGUGAGUUUUCUCUGCCCUUGAUAAGGAUCUAAAACCAUUCUAAAGGGGGUUUACAGCAUGAAUAAAUGUUGUUAGUGCAGACUUUUUCACACAGGGUGAUAUGAGUCUGUCCUCAUCAAGGCUGAUGAGGCAGAGUUUUGGUUUGGCAUCUGUGCAAAAGUACCAUAGUAUGUCUGAUGGUGAAGUAUAUGAAUGACUGCUUCUUCAACAGAUACACCACAGACUUCAUAGAUUCUGUAUAGUCUGGUUGAACCAGUUUUAUUGGAUACCAGUCUUUUGUUUUAGGUUAGCUGUAGUUUGACUUAAGUUGAAGCGUACUUGAUGUUGCACUAGUUAGUUUCCAAGUUUCACAAGCAAUCUGUUUACAUAAUGUGGGGGAGGAGGAAACAAAAGUCAGUUUUAUAGUGCAUGCUUUGUAUUUUUCUAGUUCCAAAGUAGCAUCAGAUGGAAACUAUGUAACUACAAAUUAAUAUGGGACAUAACAAUUUCCAGCAUUAUUACAGGAAGUAUUCUAUGCGCCGUAUCUAUUUAAAAGAUUGUUUUGUUUUUAAAUUCUUUUUGCAAUUAAUUUGGGGGAGGUGUUGUGGCUGUUCUACAUUUUUUUUCUAAAACAGGGUAGCUUCUAAUUUUAUGGGGCUUGUUGAGUCACCCUGUAAAAUACUUUGGGGCAUAUACUCAAUUCCACUUUCUGUUUGAAUACUAUUCUGUGUAAAGUAAUUUAUAUCUGUUUUGAUAAAAGCUUGAGAACAAGAACAGUCAAUCUGUACUCUUGACAAAAUAUUGACAAAUCUGUAGAGUUUUACAGGACAGGCGCUGUUGACCACACUUGAGUAAUGUGCCUAUGAAUUGUGUGUUAAAAUGGGAAGAAGAGCUAGACUGAACAAAUGACUGCCCAUGAAAAGACUUAGGAGCAAAGUGUUAACAGAUUUGCAAAGCUGAAGGUUUCCAGCACAUGAUCACUCUAGACAUCUUUAUUGAUGUUGAGUUUUUUUUCUACUAUAUUUUGCAGCAUCAGUUGCUAGAUGUGACCAUGUUGUCUUGUUUGAACUACUUGCUGAUGUUUAUAGCUGUCUAAAAUUUGUAGAAGGGUUUCUACAGCUACUGUCCAGUUCCAGAUGUAGAACACUGGGAAGCUGUGAUAAAGGUAGGAGGAUUUUUUAAAACAAAAACCAGACAUGAGUAAUUACCCUGAGGCUGAACUGAGGCCCACUAGUUUCAACAUAAGCCUAUUCAUUACAUUUGAUAUCUGCACAUAUUUUAAAUUAAACACAACUCUGUUUAUAAACUUUAGUUCUUUUCCCUCCUCCCUUGCCUAUUUUAUUAUGCUAGAAAUAUAUUGCACCAUUUUUACAUUAUUCUGUAUAAGCAAAACUAAUGAGAAAUUGCAUGAUGAAGAAAGUUGUAAACACUCGGGUGGCUUUCACUUUGACAUGAGCCUUGCUGGCUUUCAUUUAUUGUAGGAUGCAUCAUAACCCACAUGAGGAUAAAUGCUUAUGUAAAACAUUAGUUUAGCUAAAAAUUGGUGCCUUUGAGGCCCAGAUAAAUCAUGGUCGAUACCAAUGGUGUAGAAGGAAUCAUCAGAGAAUGAUAGUAGGCUAACGGAUGGUGUAAAUCUGACUCUUAGACCACAUCUACAAUUCGAGAUUAGAUCAAAUUUAUUAUUUUUCUGCUCGAUUUUGUUAAGUCGAAGGUGCCUGUCCCCACUUCACAAAAGAAUCUGACGCUAUUCAAAAUAGGUCAAAAUAGCAUGUCCCCAGUUGGGAGCCUACUGUCGACUUUGAGAGCGAUGCACUGUUGGAGGCUAUCCCACUGUGCUUGUGUCCAUUUGCAUUCUGGGUUAAGCUUCCGGUGGGCACAAGGACCAAAAUUGUACAGUGUGUGGUUCUACGUACAUGUUGUCAGAAUCCCAUAAUGCACUCAUCUACUCACGCCACUUGUGCUUUAUUGUAAUGGCAAACAUUCUUUUCGUGCCCUUUCUUUACCUGUCUGCCCAUGCAGACACCAUAGCAUCAUGAGCAUAGACCCCAUACUGGAGCAUGUUGCACAGCAAAGCAUUAUGAUAAUGAUGGUAAGCAUUUUGUGUUUUAUGCUGGAGUAUACCCAGAGGAUAUCAAGGAUCUACCGGAACAAGGAUGAAUUGCAGGAGGUAAUGAACAUGCUCCUAUGCAAAGCACUUGAGUUGAGUAACUUGCAAAUGUUUGAUGCUCUGGACACAGAAUGCAGGUUCUAUUGCUGUCAGACACGGCUGGUGGGACUGCAUUAUAAUGCAGGUAUGGGAUUAUCAGUGACUGCAAAACUUUUGUAUAUACAAGUCCAUUUUCAUGGAACUUUACAAAUUGCUUUCCCCCACCCAGAAGUACAAGAAAACAGAAUGAGACCUACUCUGACAGUGAAGAAGUGCAUGGCAAUUGCCCUCUGGAAGCUUGCAAUGCCAGGCUGCUAACGGUCUUUUGGAAAUCAGUUUGGAGUGGUAAAAUCUACAGUGGGGCUGUUGUGAUCUAAGUGGCCAAAGCAAUCAAUAUCCUCCUACUGCGGAAGGUAGUGACUCUUGGAAACGUGUAUAACAUAGGGCAGGGCUUUGCUGAGCUGGGGUUCCCCAAGUGUGGUGGGUGAUAGGGAAGCGUGUUCCAUCUAUCUCGGACCCGACCAUCUUACCAAGGAGUACAUAAACGGCAAAGGAUAUUUCUCCAUGGUGCAGCAGGCCCUGAUGGAUCACAAGGGCCAUUUCACCGCUAUAAAAGUGGGAUGGUCUGGAAAGAUGCAUGAUGUGUGCAUCUUUAGGAACUCCUGUCUGGUCACUAAUCUGCAAUCUGGAACUUUUUUCCCAGACCAGAAAAUUAAAAUUGGGGGCAUUGAAAUGCCAAUAGUGAUCCUAGGAGACCCAGCCUAUUCCUUGCUCUCAUGGCUCAUGAAACCAUAUACGGGCAGCCUGGAGCACAGUAAGCAGCUGUUCAACUAUGGACUGAGCAAGUGCAGAAUGGUACUUUUGGACGUUUAAAAGGAAGGUUCUGCAGUCUACUGACUAGGUUAGUAAAAGCAACAUUCCAUUGUGGUGGCAACCUGCUCUGUGCUCCAUGCUAUUUGUGAAUGCAAGGGGGAAGUUUAUAUGGUAGGAUGUGGGAGGGGGACAGAGGCAGAGGGCCUAGUCACAAAUUAUAAGCAGCCAUACACCAGGGCCAUUACAAGAGCUCAAUGAGGGGCAAUGAUAAUCACAGACGCAUUGUAAGAUGGCUUUAUGAAUGGUCAGAUUUGAGAGUUGUGAAUGUUGCUCUUAACGAGGUGUCUCAGCGUUCAGUGUGCUUGCCUCUUCAUCCUGUCAUAGAAUCAUAGAGCUGGAAGAGACCUCAGGAGGUCAUCGAGUC